AUGGCCUCAUCUGCCGAGCGCACGGCACUCAUAGUCGUAGCAGUACUCCUAUGCGCCGUCGGGGCUGCGGCUGACGGCUGCAACCUCACCGCAGGGUUCGCCAAGGUGGAGCUCCAUGAGGGCGACUUCCUGGUGCAGAGCCCCUACGACGUGCCGGUGGACCAGCGAUACCGCUACGACGCUGGCACCGGCGUCCGGACCUUCUGGGUGUACGCCGCCGACAAGGCCUUCAAGGCCGUCACGCCGACGAACCCGCGGACGGAGGUCCGGCUCGCCGGCCAUGACUACUCGUCGGGUGUGUGGCAGUUCGAGGGGGACGUCGGGCGCGAGGUGGAGGCGUGCGUCUACGGCCGGUGGAUCAGGGUGAACGUGGUGCACGACGUCGGCGCGUCCACGGUCGCCGUGUACGUCGACGGGGCGUCGAGGGUGGCCGCCGUCGCCGUGGCACCGAGCGCGUCGCACUACUUCAAGUUCGGGGUGUACAUGCAGCAUCACGACGUGUCCACGCUCAUGGUGGCGCGGUGGAGGAACGUCUCCGUCUACACCAAGCCUUACUAG